AGUAGUAGUAGUAGUAGUAGUAGUAGUAGUAGUAGUAGUAGUAGUAGUAGUAGUAGUAGUAGUAGUAGUAGUAGUAGUAGUAGUAGUAGUAGUAGUAGUAGUAGUAGUAGUAGUAGUAGUAGUAGUAGUAGUAGUAGUAGUAGUAGUAGUAGUAGUAGUAGUAGUAGUAGUAGUAGUAGUAGUAGUAGUAGUAGUAGUAGUAGUAGUAGUAGUAGUAGUAGUAGUAGUAGUAGUAGUAGUAGUAGUAGUAGUAGUAGUAGUAGUAGUAGUAGUAGUAGUAGUAGUAGUAGUAGUAGUAGUAGUAGUAGUAGUAGUAGUAGUAGUAGUAGUAGUAGUAGUAGUAGUAGUAGUAGUAGUAGUAGUAGUAGUAGUAGUAGUAGUAGUAGUAGUAGUAGUAGUAGUAGUAGUAGUAGUAGUAGUAGUAGUAGUAGUAGUAGUAGUAGUAGUAGUAGUAGUAGUAGUAGUAGUAGUAGUAGUAGUAGUAGUAGUAGUAGUAGUAGUAGUAGUAGUAGUAGUAGUAGUAGUAGUAGUAGUAGUAGUAGUAGUAGUAGUAGUAGUAGUAGUAGUAGUAGUAGUAGUAGUAGUAGUAGUAGUAGUAGUAGUAGUAGUAGUAGUAGUAGUAGUAGUAGUAGUAGUAGUAGUAGUAGUAGUAGUAGUAGUAGUAGUAGUAGUAGUAGUAGUAGUAGUAGUAGUAGUAGUAGUAGUAGUAGUAGUAGUAGUAGUAGUAGUAGUAGUAGUAGUAGUAGUAGUAGUAGUAGUAGUAGUAGUAGUAGUAGUAGUAGUAGUAGUAGUAGUAGUAGUAGUAGUAGUAGUAGUAGUAGUAGUAGUAGUAGUAGUAGUAGUAGUAGUAGUAGUAGUAGUAGUAGUAGUAGUAGUAGUAGUAGUAGUAGUAGUAGUAGUAGUAGUAGUAGUAGUAGUAGUAGUAGUAGUAGUAGUAGUAGUAGUAGUAGUAGUAGUAGUAGUAGUAGUAGUAGUAGUAGUAGUAGUAGUAGUAGUAGUAGUAGUAGUAGU